UGUUUCGUCCCUUUUCCGCUACAGGAAACAAACGUGCCUAAGGUGCUCGGUUCUUCACCAGAAGCUAAGGCCCGCAAUCCGGCGACUAGCACCGUCAAAUUUAGGCAUCCACCUCCACGAAUAUAAAAUCCAACAUCUAAAAUGGCCUCCGUAUCCGAACUUGCCUGCAUUUACUCUGCUCUGAUCCUCCACGACGAUGAAGUUACCGUCACCGAGGACAAGCUGAAUGCUCUGAUCAAGGCUGCUGGAGUCACUGUGGAGCCCUUUUGGCCAAGUCUGUUUGCCAAGGCUCUGUCCAGCAUUGACAUCGGCAGCCUGAUCUGCAACGUUGGAGCUGGAGGUGGAGCACCAGCAGGAGCCCCGGCCGCUGGAGGAACAGCUGCUGCCGCUGCUACUGGUGAUGCCCCAGCUAAGGAGGAGGAGAAGAAAGAGGAAAAGAAAGACGAGUCUGAGGAGUCCGACGAUGACAUGGGCUUCGGUCUUUUUGACUAAAAAGAUGGUUUUGUAAGAAACACACAAUAAAAGUCACAAAAAAAAGA